AUGGCGUUUGAGGCAAUGGAACAGUGGGAGGCAGAUUGGAGAAAGUAUUUCCACCGGAGCGGGUUGGCCAUGGUUGCUCGAUCCAGCUCCUAUUCUUGCAUUGACGGGUGUAAACGCACGUUGGAUGGUUUCGGAGAGACCGUCGAGCCCUUCCAUGGCUCCGAGGAUGUGAGACAGAUAUAUCCCACCUUCAAUGACGAUCCUGUUUGUGGCUACCGGAAUAAAGACGCAGGGUGGGUCGAUUCUGGCUUCGUGAUGAAGGACCUGGUAUAUCAAUGCGUUUGUUCUGGUGUCUCCUUCGUCACGGGGCCAAUGGGGACGGUUUCCUCCCUGGUCCUAUCUACUGGUCAUGCCCACGGGAGAUGGGAGUAA